AGUGUCGAUCGCGAGAGCCGAGCUCAGUAUUCCACGCGUGAGUGCCUCUCACUGGCGAACGCGCGCUGUGCAGUACCAAUCAGAUGGUGUUCGACUAUUCUCACUUUUUACCCAACUUCCACGCAACUUCUAAAACAAUCAGUAAGCAGGCAUCAGCUCUCCGACGAGGGGUAUCUCAUCUCGCCCGAGAUGGAUAGGGAAUCGUAUUUAGUUCUAAAUUAGGAUGCACUACCAGUGAAGUUUGGAGCUACACGACCGGUAUUUACAUUGAUCUUUGACGUUGAACCCCACGUAAAUCAAAUAUUCCACACCGAAAGGUGAUGCUUUGCCUUUAGAAAAGUUGCCUGUGAGUUUUUAGUUGACACGAGACUACGUGCAGCGAGGGAGUCGAGGGAUAACUUCCCCACCAGUGAGCGGAUGACGCAUCUAGGCCUAGCCUACACGCAAAAAAUGUGAUGACUUUCAUGUUUCGGGCAAAUUUGACCUACCUCUAAGCUUGCCACAAUGAGUUUUAUUUGACGGAAGUCAAGCCGAUCUGAUUCUUCAAAACAAGAUCAUUUCGUUUGGAAAUAUUAUGGAUCAUUCUGCUUCUCAAUACAACCUUAUUAUUAGCAUCAUCUCUAAGCAGACAUACAUGUUCAUACAAGUUCAAGUCUAACUUCUAUCCAACACUGGCAACAGAAGAGAAGUUUAAUAGCAUACAUAAUGAUUGUGAAAUCCAAACAUUUGAUAUAAUUUUCGUGUGGCCAGAGUUGAUCAUUUCCCCCUCCAGGAUCUCUUAUUGGAAAUAUAAUUGUGGAAAUAAGGCAAUAAACAUGGCUUCUAGUCGGAUUAAAGGAAAGACGUCAAAAAGAAACAGUUCGAGUGGGAAAAUGAAAGAUUUGCCACCUCCAUCCUCUGCCUCAAACAACAAUGACCACAGGAAGUUUGACCUGUCAGAACUGGAGUUGCUCAAAACUGUUGGUACAGGAACGUUUGGUCGAGUGAUCCUUACGAGGGAUAAGAAGACAAAGGAUUACAUGGCAUUAAAGGUGUUAACGAUAGAAGAUAUAAUUAAACUAAAACAAGAAGAUCACGUGAGAGACGAAAAGGCUAUACUCAGCAUCAUCAAUCAUCCAUUUAUCAUCAAACUACAUUGGACGCACCAUACCGAUACGUUCCUAUACAUGCUCUUGGAAUAUGCCUGCGGGGGCGAACUCUUCACAUACCUCCGGAACAGUGCACGUUUCAACAACGACACAAGUAAAUUCUACGCCAUGGAAAUAAUAUCUGCAAUAGACUAUUUACACAAAGAAACCAUUGUAUAUAGAGACUUAAAACCAGAGAAUAUAUUAUUGGAUUCUGAAGGCCACGUGAAGCUUACAGAUUUCGGGUUUGCCAAAAAGCUGGUUGAUAACAGGACGUGGACGUUAUGUGGGACACCGGAAUACCUUGCACCGGAGAUCAUCCAAAGUAAAGGGCACGGGAAGGCUGUAGACUGGUGGGCUCUCGGUAUACUCAUCUAUGAAAUGUUAGCAGGGUUAGUAUUUAAUUCUUGUCGAUGAAAUCUUGAAGUUUUUCUGAGUAGGAACACAUUUGCCCUCAAGAUUACUGUUGAUCAGGUUUUGGAUCCAAAGGGGUUGGGGCACACUGUUUUUCGUUACAUUUUGCCUCCUUUUUAUAAAAGUGAUAACCAUGUUAUUGACUCCUUCAGAUACAUGUAUUAAGGAUCAUUUACAUCCUUUUUUAGUGAGAACAUGUUAUUUCUUGCUCGACAAGAAAUUCUGAAGAAAUCAACUAUCAUUUGCUCCAACCCCUCUUUCAUCAAAUCAUAGAUCCAUCCCUGAUUUGAGGGGCAAAGUUGAUGAGGAUGAUGAUAAUGAUUGAUUGUGAUGGUGGUGGUGGUGGAGAUGGUGGUGGUGAUGGUCAUGGUGAUGAUGAUGGUGAUGGUGGUGGUGGUGGUAGUGGUGGUGAUGGUAGGUGGUGGUGGUGGUGAUGAUGGUGGUAAUAAUGGUCAUGAUGAUGAUCAUGAUGAAGAUGCUGGUGAUGAUGAUGAUGAUGAUUAUUAUUUGACAAUUAUGGUGAUGACAGUGAUGACAAUGAUGAAUUCCAUCCAUCAAAGUAGCAUGACAGAAUCUGUCAUUGCCCAUCAAAAUGUGUCCCCUCUUUCUUGGCGUUAUGUUGUCAAUGGACCUUAUGCCAUUGGCAUCACGAAGUCAAGAGAGGUAUGUUAAGUCAUGAUGAAUACUGAAUUAUAAAAUUCAUUUCAAUUUUCCUGCAUUUUAACGUUCUGGUCUACAGGCAUGACAAUGUGAACACAGCAUUAUCUCUGAAUAUCCAGAUAAUUCUGUCUUGAUCCUUUAGCAUACCCCGAUCUUGGACACCAACAGUAUACUCCCUCAUUGCUCCGUAGUAAAUCUGUCAAUCUACAAGAUUUCUUACAUCCAUAUCUAUACAUAGUUAUAUUUGAUGGCCUCUUUUAUGACUUCUGCUUAUGAUGUUUAUCUGUGGCCAAGCAAAUGGAAGCUCAAUGCAGCAAUUCACCUAUGUAGUUUAUGUAAUUAAUUUCAAAAAUACAUUUUUACUUUGUGUUGAAAUGAUUUAUACAUAUCAUAUAGAAAUAGUUUACAUGCAGGCCUACAUGAAUAAUCAAACAGAGCGUGAUGUAAGAGAAAUAGUCAAAAUGAGGUCCAGUCUAGGAAUCUAUUCUCAUCCAAGGCAGGUUUAGAAUGGCAUGGACAUCAAGAAGAGAGACCAAAAAUAGGCCUAUAUAAUUAACCAUUUUUCAGAGCAAUCAUACUGCAAAACAAGAGUUGGAUCUGUAGGACUAUAUUAGUGUAACAAACAUUAGUGUAUGAACAUUAUAAGGUUUGUUUCAUUGCUUUACACU